GGGGAAAAGAGAGGAAAGGGAAAAAAAAAAAAAAAAAGGGAAAGGGAAAAAUAGCGCAGUUAUUCCCGCCUCCGCCUCCUCCUUUGCCUCCUCCCCGGCCAGCCGGGAGCCACGUCACCCAGCACUGGCUUUGGGGCUGCUCAGCCCAGCCCGGCUCGGCCGACGGGACAAAACCCAACUUUUUGCCUAGGCCUUGAAGGGUUGGGGAGGGAGAAAAUCCCCGCCGUGGGGACAUCAAGGCAGGGGGACGCCGGGCCUGGAGGGCAGAGCGGUGCAGGGGGAAAAGUGCUUGGAAGAGGGGCUGAGCUUUCCCCCACCAGAAGAAGAGAGCUGCAGGCUGCGGGAGGAGGAGGAGGAAAGUUCAGCAGGACGCGAGCGCGCGCUCGGCCGAGGAUAAAGCUCCCCGCGGGGUUUCAGGGCCGCCCUCGCCCACCACCGCCAAGGAGCCCGCGCCGCCAUGAACGUCUUCCGCAUCCUGGGGGACAUCUCCCACUUGCUGGCCAUCGUCAUCCUGCUGCUGAAGAUCCACAGGUCCAAGUCCUGCGCUGGUAUCUCUGGGAAGAGCCAGAUCCUUUUCGCCCUCGUCUUCACAACCCGCUACCUGGACCUGUUCACGACCUUCAUCUCCGCCUACAACACCGUGAUGAAGGUCAUUUUUUUGAUAUGCGCCUACGUCACGGUGUACAUGAUCUACGUGAAAUUCCGGAAAACGUUUGACAGCGAGAACGACUCCUUCCGCCUGGAGUUCCUGCUGGUCCCCGUCACAGGCCUGUCGUUUCUGGAGAACCACAGCUUCACCCCCUUGGAGAUACUCUGGACCUUCUCCAUCUACCUGGAGUCCGUGGCCAUCCUCCCCCAGCUCUUCAUGAUCAGCAAGACGGGGGAAGCGGAGACCAUCACGACGCACUACCUUUUCUUCCUGGGCCUCUACCGCGCCCUCUACAUUGCCAACUGGGUCUGGCGCUACCACACCGAGAAGUUCUACGACCAGAUCGCGGUGGUGUCCGGCGUGGUGCAAACCAUCUUCUACUGCGACUUCUUCUAUCUCUACGUUACCAAAGUCCUAAAAGGGAAGAAGCUAAGUCUUCCAAUGCCUGUUUGAAGACAUUCCCACCGACAACACAAGAAAUUCCAAAGAUGAAGCUCUUACGAUGACAGCUUUCCUUUCCUGGCCCUUGUUGACUGAAGAAUGGCUCAGCUGAGCUUCACUCGAGUGCCAGGAAGACGACGAGGCCUGGAAAGCUGGUCUGCUUUUCGUCUGGAGACUUUCCCUCCACUUUUUUUUUUUUUAAUUUCUUCUUACUUGAAUUUGGUGCUAUUAAGUAGUGCUGGCCAAUACUAAGAUAGUGCGAAUCAUUCUCUCCCUGCUCUUCUCAGCACCCACCUCCAAAACAUGCCUCUGCUUUGACCCUGAGGCACCACAAGGAAUAAAAGGGGAAUAAAGGGUCACUGCCUGUUAGUCCUUCAGCAAGUGCCUAUAGUAAAGGGAACAACACUUCAUUAUUAAGUCUGGUAAGAAAGCAAAGGCCUCUGCUCUUUGCACACGUGGCCACAUCUGACACUAUUGCUGUUUUAACCAUGAAUUACCCCCCCC